AUAUAUAUUUAGUGACCCAUAUAGAAGCCCAUUAGUUCAGCACAGCACAUCUUCCUCGCAGCGCCGGCGCUCCAUCUUCCGCUCCCUCCCCCACCUUCGAUCGGCACGCAGGCUCGGCGUCGUCGUCAGCGGUUCCUCCUCCCGCCUCUCGCCAGUAGCCUCGCGCCCUCGCCGACUGGCGACCCUGCCUUGAAGGGGCUGGCAAGAUGAUCGGCGUAGGGAAGGCGAAGCAGUACGCCAACGUCCUUGACAAGCCCCUCAGCCGUGGCAGGCAGGAGGUCAGUUUGAGUGCAUUUGCAUUCUUGUUCUCUGAGUUGGUUCAGUACAACCAGACUCAAGUUGACAACAUUACUGAGCUGGAACGGAGGCUGGAGGAUGCUGGUUAUGCUGUUGGUGCAAGGGUGCUUGAACUACUCUGUCACAGGGAGAAGGGAAAUAGACGAGAGACACGACUUCUGGGCAUUUUAUCAUUCAUCCACAGUACUGUUUGGAAAGUGUUGUUUGGAAAGGUGGCUGACUCACUUGAAAAGGGAACAGAACACGAGGAUGAAUACAUGAUCAGUGAAAAGGAGCUUCUUGUUAACCGUUUCAUUUCUGUGCCAAAAGACAUGGGAGCAUUCAACUGUGGAGCUUUUGUUGCGGGCAUUGUAAAGGGUGUAUUAGAUAAUGCCGGCUUUCCUGCCGUAGUUACUGCACAUUUUGUGCCAAUUGAAGGCCAGCAAAGGCCAAGAACGACAAUCCUGAUAAAGUUUGCUGAAGAGGUAUUACACAGAGAAGCAAGACUGGGCUGAGUUUUUAUGUAUGUACACAAAACCUUUGACUAGCCUAUUUGUAAGGUGAAUCGUUACUGGAGUUUGGUGAUUUCUUGUAUUUGAGUAGUUCGGUGAUUUCUUGUAUUUGAGUUAUGUAAUAGCAGUGUGACUGAGAAUAAAAGUUAUGUAGGUGAGAUCGCAGGUGCUUCAUCAGUCUUAUUGAAAUCCGACCGAAACUGCUGUAUUAAUGCUUUUCCUUGCAUUCACCUUGUAUUAAAGGAAUCCUUCAUCUUUUGAUUUUUCG